UACGACAUUAGGUGGGCUCCCGUGCGUGCGCUAUCGUGUUGCCGUUAAGUGAUAAUAUUUUGAUAAACGAGAAACGCGAUAGCCGUCGUCGUCGGUCGCUGUUGACCGCCGACCCGACGGACGCCGACGAACGGGAAGUCCGAAAAUAAACACGAAAACCGUCCGUUUUGUCCGUUUACAGUUUUCGUAUUCUUCGUGAAUUUAAUAUUCUACCAUAUUUGUUUGUACGUAUCCGUUCCUGUAGUGCUGUAUGGAAGCCGGACCACCGAUCGUCCAAAAUGGCUCGAGAACCUGUACUGGUGCACGUCUAUGAUAUGUAUUGGAUCAAUGAAUAUACCACACCUAUGGGUCUCGGUGUAUUUCAUUCUGGCAUUGAAGUAUAUGGACAAGAAUAUGGAUAUGGAGGUCAUGAUAGACCAGAUUCUGGAAUUUUUGAUAUGAUUCCAAAAGAUGUUUAUGAAUUAGGAGAUCAUUAUAGAUAUAGAGAAUCCAUAUACAUAGGAAGUACAGAUUUUACUGUUAGUGAUGUUAAAAGAAUAAUGGUUGAACUUGGUAAGGAUUUUCGAGGUGAUAGAUACCAUUUAAUGAAUAAAAACUGUAAUCAUUUUUCUGGAUCAUUAACAAAGAUUUUAUGUGGACAAGAUAUACCAAGUUGGAUUAAUAGACUGGCAUAUGUUAGCUCAUGCAUUCCUUUUUUCCAACGUUGUCUACCAAAGGAAUGGUUAACUCCAAUUUCUCUUCAACGUAAUUUGCCUCGAAAGAAAUCAGAUGCUUCUACAGAGCAACUAAAUCCAUAACAUAAUUAAUUUUUCAUCAUACUAAUUAUUAUAAAUGGUUAUAAUAUUAUGAUGUGUGCCAUUCACAUUAAAUGCCUAAUACUAUGCAAAUAUAAAAAUAAUAUGUACAUGAACAGUUAAUAAUAUUAUUUAUAUGUAU